AUCUUUUACCAAGAACCCUACCCCUAACGUGCGCUUACCUGUGUGAAGGCAUAUUGAAAAAAGAAACCUUGCUGUACCCGUGACGGUGUUACCAUCGCCGUAGCCAUAAUUUAUCACCGGGUGAAAGUCAUCCAAAAUUAUCAACAGCACGCUGGGCUGAUGCGGCGGUCGUUGUGUUGCGGUUGUGCUUAUCAAAAAAAAUCAAACUUUGCAACGCCGCAUUGUUUACGCUCUGACUGCGCAACUUGAUGCAACGGAAGUGGAAACAAAAGUGAUAACAAUUUCGUCAACCGAGCUUGUUGAAGGAGUGCAAGAGUAAUCACAACCGAAACAUGUUUUUUAUACGUCACAUAACCGAAAUAGGUUUACUCGAUUUACGAUACGGUUCACGUUAAUAAAAGUCUACUAGAGAGUCGAUAAAACUAUUGCUGCUGAUAGUUUCAAACUAAACGUAACGGAUCAUUUUCGAAUCUGACAAUCUCAUUUUGAAUUGUCAAACGAUUCGAGCAGUUGGGCAUCUGUCAGCUGAUCCAACAGAAGUUGUUUACGUUUGGACGCGCGUCUGCUAUUUGUGUCCGCUUCUUCGGCAACCGAUAGAAUGUCUGCGUUUGUGAAGCGAAAUAUAAAAAAUAAAGGCGCCAGAAAGCGCCAAAAAUCGUCCGAAUCAGAUGAAGCGGAAGAGGAAUCAAGCUCCGUCGUCGUUGUGCAUGAUAAGCGCAAGAAGGCGAACCCGAACGUGCAGAGCACGUCGGCGCUAAGGAAAAAGCAGGCCCGCUCGUCGAACGCCGACUCGUCGCACUCGAGCGACGAUGAGGAGAGUGCCGGCUUGAGCUACAAAUCGAAACGAUCGGCCCAACCGGAAGGUCCGCGCGACCAGGGCGCAACGGCCGAGCUGGAGAUCGAAACGGAAAAGGACCGCGAUGCGCAAGCGAUCUAUCAGAAGAGCAUCGACAUCAACAAGGAGCUGGAGGGCAAGGAGGACGAUAAGGUGUACCGGGGGUUGAACAAUUACACCCAGUUCUUCAAGAAGAAGGACAGUGCGCAGGGCAACGCGGCGUCGGGCAUGGUGCGGAAGGGGCCGAUACGGGCACCGGCCAACAUUCGGUCGACCGUGCGGUGGGACUAUCAGCCGGACAUUUGCAAAGACUACAAAGAGACGGGAUACUGUGGGUUCGGGGAUAGCUGUAAGUUUUUGCACGACCGUAGCGAUUACAAGCACGGAUGGCAGAUGGAGCAGGAGGGUGCGGGCUCGGGGCACAAUCACGGGGGCGAUGAUUCGGACGGGGACGAUACCAAGUACGAGAUCCAUUCAGACGAUGAGGAGCUACCGUUCAAGUGUUACGUCUGUCGGGAAAGUUUCGUCGAUCCGAUUGUAACGAAAUGCAAACAUUACUUCUGCGAACGAUGUGCUUUGGCGCAGUACAAGAAAUCGUCCCGUUGUGCGAUAUGUGGCGUACAGACGAAUGGUAUGUUCAACCCGGCGAAGGAGCUAAUAGCACGCCUGAAGAGCAGAGAACUGGAAGAGCACGAAUCGGAUAGUGAUUAAUAUUGUGUAUUGAGAACACGGAGCCCGUGUUUUCUUUUCCAGUAGCAAUAGUGUGAAAGAAAGCGAGGUAAUUCGUGUAAAAUUUUGUCUUGGGUUCACCUCUUAUAAACCGAGGCCCUCAUGGGCUGGAUUGACUUUCCCGCUAUGGACAAAAACAGUAGUAAACUUAACACUUUGAAAUGAAAACAAAUAUAAUUAUUGUACGACAAGUUUAAUAAGUCUUAAACAAGCUAUAGACACGAUCCCAAGUGCCACAGAUUAAUCUUAAACGACUGAAAAAUCAAA